CAAUAUGCUUUCGGAAGCCCUGAAAUUCCGGCCUUCAGUGCUUGAUGCUCUGCGGACGCCAUGGCUGAUUGGGAUCUCGAUCCUGCCGUUCUGUUCGGCGACAAGGACGCCGAUGACGAAGAAAUCCCUCAAGACUAUUCCGAUGGCAAGGAGCUGGUCGUCUUCCUCAUAGACGCCGGACCGGACAUGUUCCUCCCUUACCAAGACGAUCAGCAGGAGCCUGAAGCAGGAGCCAGUCUGGGGACUCAGACCAGUGCGUCCAGCUCAGGAAGAGGAGGGGGAGAGCAGGACACAGAGGGUGCUGGCGAGCGGACGUAUUUCGACGAGGUGGUGCGAGCGCUGGUGGGGGAUUUAAAGACGAGAAUCAUCUCCCGGGAGAGCGACCUCGUGUCAAUCGCGUUCUUCAACACUCGGGCGAAGCGCAAUGUGCAGUCAGCAGAGGGCGUGUUCGUGUUUCAGGACAACCAGCAGACCUCGGCCCAGCUCAUCAGAGACUUCUCCAACCUUCCAGAGACCUUUGAGAGUGACAUUGGUUCGGGCGACUGGCUGAGAGGGAACGUGAAGCCGCACGACAACCCCAUGUGGGUGACAUGGGUCAUCCAAGGCCUUCUGCGCACAGGCUCUGCCUCGCAGGAGGUACUAAAGAACGUGUUUCUCUUCACCAAUGACGAUGACCCCUUCGGAGCAAUCUCCAACGAGGGAGUGCGGAGUGACAUGCGGCGCACCACCAUCCAAAAAGCAAAGGAUGCACGGGACCUGGGCAUUGUGUUUGACCUCUUCCCCCUCAGCCGCCCAGGGGAGAAGUUCAAUGUUAACAUCUUCUACGCUGACAUGCUAGGCUUUGACGACUCACAGCGAAUCAGCUUCCAGCCAGAGGAGCACAGGCUGGAGGACCUUGAGGAUCGGCUGCGCAAGAAGGUGUACCGCAAGCGCAUGGUGAAGCGAGUCAUGUUCUCAGUGGUGCCCCACCACCACAUCGCCCUCUCCUCCUACGCGCUCGUUCGACCCGCCAAGAUCCAGAAGCAAGUGUAUGUGAGGGCAGUGGACAAUCGAACAGUCAAGGUGGAAACGGCCUUGGUUUGUCAAGACACUGGGGCAGUGCUGCAUGGUCCGCUGCCCCGCUACCAGCCCAUGCCAGAUGGCUCACGCAUCGUGAUGGCAAAGGCAGAGGUGGACGAGGUGAAGGACGUGUGCCCCCACGACCUGCUGCUGCUCGGCUUUAAGCCUCUCGAGUGCCUCAGGGACUACCACAACCUGCAGCCGCCCACCUUCCUCUUCCCAGACGAGGAGACCCUCUCUGGCAGCACUGCUGCCUUCAUUGCCCUGCACAACGCAAUGCUGGAUGCAAAGAGCUUUGCCCUGGCGUGCUGGGCCAAGAUUGGCAUGCCUCGCCUGGUGGCCAUUCUCCCGCAGCAAGAGCAGGUGGACGAGGCGGGCGGGCAGGUGCAGCCAGCAGGGUGGAACAUGAUUCCCCUGCCUUUCUUUGAUGACGUCAGGCCAGCAGAGCAGUAUGCCCGCUGGUCUGCCAGCUAUGGUGCAAAGGAGACUGGGGGGGGAGCAGAGCAGGAGGGCAGCGGAGGGGAGGUGGUGUCUGCACCGAGGGCGGAUGCGGGGCAGGUGGCGACUGCUACGGCGCUCAUGCGCUACAUGCACCUCAAGGACUUCAGCCCUCUGAAUAUCUUCAACCCGGUCAUCCAGACGCACUACAGCAUGCUGGAGGCGAUAGCCCUUGACCUGCCCGAGGUGGAGCCGGUGGUGGACACCACCCUGCCGGACCACAGCAUCUUCGAACCGCCUUCAGCAGACAGCAGCCAGGGCAAGAAGAAAGGGAAAGCUGCCCGUGCGAGUGCAGCAGUGAGGCACUUCAAGGACGCGGUGUAUGGCGCAGGGCACGACGAGGAGGAGGCGGCGAAGGCUGCUGCAGCACAGGCCAAGGCGGAGGCUGCUGGGAGGAAGCGCAAGGCUGCUCUUGAUGCUGCCACGGCCAAGGCUGGUGUCACAGACUGGCGAGGGCUUGCUGAAAAAGGGAAGGUGAGAUAGGCAGUCAAGGGGUGUAUAAGAUUUUUUGGGCUGUGGAGAUAGGGGAGUUGCAUGAUUCUGGCAUCACUAUCCUUCGCUCUUUUGUUGUUCGCAGUUGGAUACUUUGACAAACGAGCAGCUGAGGGAUUAUCUUCGAUUGCAUAGCCUACCUCUCACUGGUAGGAAGGCAGAAUUGGUCGAACGCAUCAAAGAACACUUGGAUCAGCCAUAGUGCAUGUUGGAACACUUGCUAGAAAAAAAGCUUGUACAAAGUUAGAGGCCAGCAAUGGCUUGGCCUUCAUGGGGAAAAACUGGUCUCAC